AUGGUCCGGGUCUCGCCGGACGCUACCGGCGCUGCUUUCGAGCUCUCCGGCACGCCUCACGAUGACCCAGCUCGCCGGCCGGCCAAGCGACAGCGAACUUCCUCCCUCCCGACGGCGAGCGACUUCUGGAUUGACAGCUUGCCAGGCUUCCGCGGCGACUUUCGCCUGUCCCUCUACGGCGGCAACAUCCCCUCCGCGACCCACACGACCCCACCUGCUCCUGCCGCCGACAGCGACGCGCACCUGUACUUCUUGCUCGCGCGAAACAAGCACAUCCCAAAGCGAGAACGACUGGUCAUCUGGCUGAAUGGCGGUCCAGGGUGUUCCUCUUUCGACGGAGCACUGAUAGAACUCGGUCCUCUGCGGAUAGACGAGAGCGGAACGCCGCGAGUUGUCGAGGGUACAGCUUGGAACGAGUAUGCAAAUGUCCUUUUCCUCGACCAGCCUGCCGGGACCGGCUUCUCCUACGUCACGAAGAACGACAACGUGCGCGAGCUAGCCGACGCCGCAGAUCAAGUCGUCAACUUUCUCGCCAACUUCUACCGCGUCUUUCCGGAGUUCAGCAGCAUGGACACGUACAUGGCCGGCGAGAGCUACGCUGGACAGUACAUCCCGUACAUCGCGGACGCGAUAGAGAAGACGACGAUCGUCAACACGCCUCUCAAGGGUCUCUUGAUUGGCAACGGCUGGAUCUCGCCGCGAGAACAGUACCCAGCCUACCUCGACUACCUCCUCGACCAGCGACUGGUCAAGGAGAACUCGCAAGCGCACCGCAAUAUCCGCAAGGUGCUGGACAAGUGCGAGGAGAAGCUCGCGAUGAUUGAGAGGGAUGGCGGGAAGGGCAUGGUUCUGGUCGGCGAAUGCGAGCAGAUCUUGGGUGCAGUUGGAGCGGCGACUGGCAAGGACGGUCUCUGCUUGAAUUUGUACGACACGCGAGAGUAUCACGCUUGUGGAACGGAAUGGCCGCCAGCGCUCAAACAAGUCUCGGGUUUCCUGCGGAGCCGGAAUGUGGUCAAGGCCUUGCAUGCCGAGAAGGGCCCCGAGUCUCACGGACCUUGGACGCAAUGCUCGUCUUCCGUCGGCGCCAAGUUCUGGACGCCUAGCUCGGUCCCGUCGGUUGUCCUGCUCCCGCAACUCCUCGAGAAGAUGCCGAUCCUGCUGUACAACGGCGACAAGGACGCGAUGUGUCCCGGUAUCGGCAUUGAGAAAAUGAUCGACAAGCUUCAGUGGAACGGCGCAACAGGCUUUGAAGACGCAGAACCGCUCGACUGGUCCGUCGACGGCGAGUCUGCCGGCCGCUGGACGACCGCUCGCAAUCUGACCUAUGUCGAAGUCUUCAACUCGUCGCACAUGGUCCCGAUGGACAAGCCUCUCGCGGCGCACGACAUGCUUCUCCGCUUCAUGCAAGUCGACACGCUCCAUUCAGCCGGCUCAGCCGCCAAGAUCCCCUCUCGCAUCGGCUCUUCGCCCGAAGCCGUUCUCGCGCCAACCCUUCCGAACGGCACCGCCCUCGUCCCUCCCUCCGUCCUCGAUACGACCCUCGACGGCGCCGAAGCAGACGGCUCAGCGGAGAAGGUGAUCGAGGACGGCUACGAUGUCGAGCAUGAGCGGCAGUUUGGGCCGAGGAGAACGGCCGCGCUGGUCGUCUUCCUCCUGCUCUUCGUGGGAGCGCUGUGGGGCGUCGUACACUGGCGGAAGGCGGCGAGGCGGGAGCGGUACAGGCGGUUGAAGGGUAAAGGGCGGGCGACUGUCCCGCUCGACGAGAGGCGGGACCGGGGGGACUCGAAGCGUGCGAGUAGGCGAGACGAAGGAGCGUACCACGACGACCGACCCGAGCCCACACCGGAUGAGGCGCCCGAGACGGUCGCUGUCUUCGACAUCGGCGAGGAGGACGAGUACGAUGAGGAGGAGCGGAGAGUGGGGCGGCGAUACGAGGACGACGAGGACGAGGAUGGGAAGGGAGAUCUGGGCAAGGCAGCGGAGGAUGCGAAUCCUUGGCGGGUAGACUCGGCGAGGCGGUACUAG